UGAGACGGCAACGAGUUUCGAUCUCUGGGCGCCUUUGCCAUGGGCCUCCGUCGGCUGCGGCGCUUGCGGCGCCUGGCGCGGGUGCGCCGGAGAGCCACGCGUGCCGCGAGUGCAGGCCUCGAAGCUUUGCCAAGCUCGUUCAAUGCACAGGAUGUGAACUGCAAGGUCCAAGCCAACCUCGACAAGAGCCGGACGUUGGGUGCACAAAGUCGUCAAAAUCACACAAAAACUGAGCAGCUCUUGGCGCGGACGGCAGUCAAGCGUGCAUUGCCCCGGUAUGCUCGCAUAAAUGUUCUGGCACCAGGACUGAGCUGGGGCCACGUGCAACGGCAACUGCAGCAGUCAGGGCACGUCUUUUGGCGCCCUAGCUUGCAUGAGAAGAGGGCUGCUGCCUGCGUUUCUGCCGGGCUGCAGCCGCCAGAAGGCAAUAAGAUCUACUAUCGGGAUGUUCACUUGCCUGAGCUCCUGGUGUUCAAGCCGAUGGGCCAGUCACACACAGAUGGCGAGCUCUUUGACGAAGGGGGCCUUGUCUUUCAGCAGAAAGCCUCCGCCUUCCCAGCCAUUGCUUUGGCGCCGCCACCGGGGGCCCAAGUGAUCGAUGCUUGCGCGGCGCCUGGCUCGAAGACCUCCCAGCUGGCGGCUAUGAUGAAGAAUGAAGGUCAAAUAUUUGCAUUUGACAGAGAUGGCCGGCGAUUGAAAACAAUGAUCGAGCUACUUCAGCGCAGGCAUGUUUCUUGCGUCGAAGCGUGCGAGAAGGACUUCUUGCAAGUAUCUCCGAAGAAUGCCAAGUAUCAGCACGUCACCCACUUCCUCUUAGAUCCCAGUUGUUCUUCCUCAGGGAUGACUGCGCAGCAGCUCACGGGUGACGAAGUUGCGACGUUGACCGCCAAUCAGCAGAAGGUGAUCCGUCAUGCUAUGCGGUUUCCUGCCUGCCAACGGAUCGCAUACUCUACUUGCUCCAUCCUGGACAAGGAGAACGAACUUGUUGUGCAGAAGGUGUUGAGCACGGCCGAGGGCGCGCGGUUUCAACUGGAACGAGCCUUGCCUUGGUGGCCCAGACGUGGCCUCCCGGUCUUCCCUGGGACGGAGUGCUGCGUGCGCAGUACUUGGGAGGACCAGACCAUCGGCUUCUUCCUUGCCCUCUUCGUGCGCAACGAAACAGCGUGCAAGCCAGCGGCCCUUUUGUUUGGCUCCUUGGCCCUUUUUAGCAACUUGUUGGAAGCAAGAUAG